AUUAACCCAAUCAGAUGUGAAUUCUUUGUCACGACUCAGAAAAAAACUGGAGUUGGUUUGGUCCCGUAAUCUCUCUCUCUCUUCUAGUAGGAAAGCAGCACCUUUGCUUUUCUAAUUUACGUGUUUCUCUCCUCUCCGGCCACCCACAGCCUUCUACUUUAUACACAACACGUUUACGUGCAGAUCCACAUAAAUAUACACAUUUACACAUAGCCACCCUCAGAGGACUGAUUCAUCUCCUCAGAUAAAAAUGGCGCAGAUGAAGUAUCUUAUAGAGGUCGAGAAACCAAAGGAUGCUCUGGAUGGGAGGCCUUCUGUUGGUCCUGUUUAUCGCAGUGUCUUUGCUAAGGAUGGAUUUCCUCCUCCGAUUCCCGGAAUGGAUAGUUGCUGGGAUAUUUUCCGCUCAAGCGUUGAGAAGUAUCCUGACAAUCCCAUGCUUGGUCGACGGGAGAUUGUGAAUGGAAUGCCUGGACAAUAUGUGUGGAUAACCUACAAACAAGUAUAUGACUUGGUGAUCAAAGUUGGUAAUUCAAUUCGGAGCCGUGGUGUUGAACCGGGAGGGAAAUGUGGUAUUUAUGGUGCAAAUUGCUCAGAAUGGAUAGUAAGCAUGGAGGCCUGCAAUGCUCAUGGGCUUUUUUGUGUUCCUUUAUAUGACACCUUAGGAGUUGGUGCUGUGGAAUAUAUCAUAUGCCAUGCAGAGGUCUCAAUUGCUUUUGUAGAAGAAAAGAAAAUUCCUGAGUUGUUGAAAACAUUUCCAAAUUCAACAAAAUACAUGAAAACAAUUGUGAGCUUUGGGAAGGUUGCACCUGAACAAAGAGAACAGAUCGAGAACUUUGGUUUAACAGUCUAUUCCUGGGAGGAGUUUUUAAAACUGGGGGAAGAUAAACAGUAUGAUCUCCCAGUGAAAAAGAAAAGUGAUAUCUGUACAAUAAUGUAUACCAGUGGUACAACUGGUGAUCCAAAGGGAGUAAUGAUUUCAAAUGAUAGUAUCGUUACUAUUAUAGCUGGGGUGAACAAGAUACUUGAGUGUGUGAAUGAACAGUUGAUUACAAAGGAUGUAUAUCUUUCUUACCUUCCUCUUGCGCAUAUCUUUGAUCGGGUGAUUGAGGAGCUAUUUAUUUCACAUGGUGCCUCUAUAGGAUUCUGGCGAGGGGAUAUCAAAUUAUUACUUGAAGACAUUGGGGAGCUCAAACCAACUAUUUUCUGUGCUGUGCCCCGUGUAUUAGAUAGAAUACGUUCAGGUUUGAUGCAGAAGAUUGCUUCAGGGAGCUUCUUAAAACAGAAGUUGUUCAAUGUAGCAUACUCAUACAAAUUAAAAUCUAUGAAGAAGGGGCAUUCACAUGAUGAGGCAUCUCCACUUUGUGACAAAAUUAUCUUUGAUAAGGUAAAACAAGGCUUGGGCGGAAAUGUACGGCUUAUUCUAUCUGGAGCAGCACCUCUUGCUAUCCAUGUAGAAGCUUUCCUGCGGGUGGUCUCAUGUGCUCAUGUUUUGCAAGGAUAUGGUCUUACGGAAACCUGUGCAGGUACAUUUGUCUCACUACCAAAUGAAAUGACAAUGCUUGGUACAGUGGGUCCUCCUGCACCAAAUGUGGAUGUAUGCCUAGAAUCUGUUCCUGAAAUGAAUUAUGAUGCUCUUUCAAGCACUCCACGUGGAGAAAUUUGUAUAAGGGGGAAAACUCUGUUUUCUGGUUACUACAAACAAGAAGACCUCACCAAAGAGGUCCUUAUUGAUGGAUGGUUCCAUACAGGAGAUAUUGGUGAAUGGCAACAUGAUGGAAGCUUGAAAAUUAUUGACCGCAAGAAGAACAUAUUUAAACUUUCACAAGGAGAAUAUGUUGCAGUUGAAAACUUGGAGAAUAUUUAUGUUCUUGCUUCUGCAGUUGAUUCGAUAUGGGUUUAUGGGAAUAGCUUUGAAUCGUUCCUUGUCGCUGUUAUUAACCCCAAUAAUAAUGCUCUUGAAAAUUGGGCAAAAGAGCAUGGCGUGGGAGGAGACUUCAACUCCCUUUGUGAAAAUCCAAAGGCAAAAGAAUACAUACUUGGAGAGCUCUCAAAGACCGGCAAAGAAAAAAAGCUAAAAGGUUUUGAAUUUGUAAAGUCUGUGCACCUUGAUCCGGAGCCAUUUGACAUAGAACGCGACCUCCUUACUCCGACUUAUAAGAAAAAGAGGCCUCAAUUGCUCAAGUACUAUCAGGAUGUUAUUGACAAGAUGUACAAAAGCGCAAGCUAACCCACUGUCUGAAAGGAGGAUCUCAAAGGUUCUGAUGUUCAAAAAGCCCAGACCAGUGGUCGCAAUUUUGUUUUAAUUCCCCUCUAGUUACAGUAGGUAUGGUUAUUAAUGGAAUUGCAAUUUGUGGACCAAAAGUAGUGUCUUUGAAAGGCUAUGUCCAAUGACAGAAAAUUGUGUAAAUGGAGUUUAUGCAAAUUUCGUAGAUAUUUUUUAAUUGCUCGUUAAUAAAUUGAGGUUGCUAGAUAGUGCAA